CGAUCGAGAAACAGCCUGAGGGCGCAGCCGCUUGUGUGGCUCGGCCACUCCCAUGAUUGAAGACGUGCGCGGCAUUCUGAUCGCCGGCGAGACGCCCGAGGUGAACGGAGUGCAGAUCCAUCAGGAUAAGCUCGGCGAAUAUAUCCGGACGGGCGGGACGAUGAAUGGGCGGCCGGCGUACUUCAAGGACAACAACACCAACCACAUGCUCUGGUUUGCGCCAGCCUCGGACGGGCCAACGUGGUACGUGGGCAAGCGCGAGGAGUUUGGUCAGCCUCGCGGCUGGCUGCAGGUCAAGUCGGACGCGCCGACGCCGGCCGAGAUUACAGGGACGUGGGGCGUGUGGGUCGCGGCGGAGAAGUUGUGGAAGGAGGGGCGCGAGGUGCAGUGCGUCGCCGUCUCUGCAACGCCCGGCGUGUACAUCCACGGGCCGACUCCGAACCAGCUGCUGCAAGACAAGCUCGGCGAGUACCGGCGCGUGCAGCAGCGCGUGGUGACGGAGCGUGGCGUGUACGAGAUGGUCGGGAUGCAGAACGUCAUGAUGUGGUACGCGCCCGGAGGGACGUGGAACAUCGGCAAGCGCGACGAGCUCGGCCAGAACCGCGGCUGGUACCAGGCUGUCUCAAAGGCAAUCUCUCCCGAGGGCAUCACCAACUGGCAGGUUUGGGACGGCGCGAACCGCAAGUGGGAGAAGGCGCUCGAGCUGCAAGCGAUGAGUGUCGGCUCCAAGCGCGUAGCCUUCACGGGCAACACGCCGCGCGGCAUCAACGCGGACAAGCUUGGCGAGUUUGUGCGGCGCGGAUUCCGGUUCGAGAAUGGGCGCGCGGUGUACGAGGCGGUCGAGACGUCGGAGCGGUCGAUGUGGUACUGCAACAAGUACUGGUACAUUGGCCAGCCGCAGGACGUCGGCAAGCCGCAGGGCUGGCUCUGCUGCAAGGACGACUCCUCCUGCCCGGAGCUGUGCAAGGCGACGUGGCGCGUCUCUGACGGCCAGCAGAUGGUCGACGCGGAGGAGGUUGCUUGCAUGCCGGUGGGGGCGAUGACGGUGAUGGUGGCGGGCGAGACGCCGUCGCAACUCAACUCGGACAAGCUCGGCGAGUUCGUGCGGCAGGUCGGCCGCGAGGUGAACCACCGCCCAGUCUACUCGCAGGUCGGCAACGAGAACCGGAUGCUCUGGUACUCUGUCGGCUACUGGUACCUCGGCCGCAAGGACGAGCUCGGCAAGUCGCAGGGGUGGCUGUGCGUGCGCGACCCGGCGCCUGCGCCCGAGCUGACGCAGUCUAUCUGGCGCGUCGGCGACGGCGAGGCGCUGCACGACGCGCCGCACGUCAAGUGCGCCGCGAUCGGUGCGCGCUGCAUUGAGGUGCUCGGCGAGCCGGUCGGCCACCUGCACAAGGACAAGAUGGGCGAGUUCAAGAUGAUCGCCGCGCAGGAGGUGAACGGCAAGCUCGUGUACGAAAAGGACCCGUCCGUCUCGCACAUGGUCUGGGCCGCCAACGGCUACUGGUACGUCGGCAAGCGCGACGAGCUCGGCAAGCAGGCGGGCUGGAUGCAGGUGCGCGACUCGUCCUCGCUGCCCGAGGAGAUCUGCGGCGUGUGGCAGAUCUGGAACCAGUCCGAGAAGCGGUGGAUGGCGUCCGAGGGCGUGCGCGUCACUGCGGUGGGCAACAUCCAAGUCUCGGUCUCCGGGCCGAUGCCGCCCUCGUGCUCGCUGCACGCAGACAAGCUCGGCGAGUUCAUCCGGCUCAAGGGGCAGGAGGCGAACGGCUACUGCAUCUACAAGAAGAGGGAGGAGGACACGAUGCUCUGGCACGCCGGCGGCGCGUGGUGGGUGGGCCCUCCGGCGAGCCUCGCGAAGCAGGCGGGUUACUGGCGCUGCCGCGAUGCGGCGCGCAUCCCCGAGGCGACUCGCUCGGCGUGGGAGGUUGGGGACGGCACGCGGUGGCACGUGGCGGAGCGGGUGCGAUGCAGCGAGUACCUGAUGCCGCGCCUCGUCCUCAAGGGGCCGACGCCGGAGGACAGGCACCAGGACAAGCUCGGCACGUACAUGCUGGCCGACGAGACGGUCAACGACAGGCCGUGCUACCACCAGCUCGGCAACCCGUCGCGGAUGAUGUGGUUCCUCACGCCCUACUGGUACAUCGGCAAGAGCGUCGAGCGCGGGCUCGGGCAGGGCUGGGUGCAAGUCCGCUCGCUCGCCCACGUGCCCGAGCAGAUCGCGGGCACCUGGGCCAUCUGGAACUCGUCCGAGAAGGUCUGGCUCGAUGCGGCGGACCUCCACAUCCAAGCGGACGCCUCGGCGCGCGCGGCGGCGGAGCGGGUUGCGAACGAGCCGCUGCCGCUUCCAAAGGCGCAGGCGGAGGAGGCGAUCAUGGUGGUGGAGGAGGCGAGGCCGCAGGCGUCGGUCGUCUCAAUCUCGUCGCAGCAGGUCGAGCAGCGGCACGACGUCUUCCUCACACACGACUGGGGCACCGACGGAGAGGGGCGCCGUGCCCAAGAGCGAGUCGCCGCCAUCACGCGCGCGCUGCGAGGCCGCGGCCUGCGCGUCUGCUUUGACGACGAGCGGAUGCAGGGCAACGUAGUCGCUAAGAUGUGCUCCGGCAUCGACGACUCGGACGUGAUCGUCGUCUUUGUGUCUCAAAACUACAUUGAGCGCGUCGCCGGCCGCGCCGGCCCGCAAGACCACUGCAAGAAGGAGUUUGAGUAUGCGGAGCGGACCAAGGGCGCCGACCGGCUCCUCUCGGUGGUGGUGGAGCCCGCGGUGCGCGACACGCGCAGCUGGCGGGGCGGGGUCGGGAUGGUACUCGGCUCGCGCCCCUUCUUCGACUUGUCCGUGGAGGAGGCGAGCCGCGAGUGGGAGGCGGCCGUGUCCGCGCUGUACGACGAGGUGCUCAAGCUGCAGGGCUUCGAGGUGUACGCUUCCGAGGCGCACCCCGCCGCCGGCAGCGGCCUGGCGGGCUUGCCCGGCGCCGGCGGCGGCGCCACCGCCGUCGCGGCGGGCGGCGCGGGCGGCGGGCUGGCCGCGACGCCGGCCGACGGGCAGCUCACCAUGGUGCAGAAAGUGGAGAAGAUCCGCAACCAGCUAGGCCUCGAGCAGAAGCUCGGCAUCGGCGCCGCCAUCGCCGAGGCGAACGCGUCGCUUGGCAUCGAGCCCGCCGGCGCGCUGCACGUGCAGGUCGAGCGGCUGCUCGCCGAGUUGGGGAUGGCGUGAUGUCCCCGCCGUAUCGUUGGGACAGUGACCCGAGAGGUGUAAUUAGAGUGGAUCUCGUGGAUCGUGUGUGAAUGUGGUUGCGUUGCUGUUUUGGUAGCCCUGCUGCGGCGUACAUGGCCAUAGCCGACCGUCACCCUGGUCCGGUAAAAGAAAGAAUAAAGAAAAUAUU